AAAGUUAGGCCAAGUAGCUGUAUGGGUUCAUCGUAUCAAUGUUGCAUUUGAUUCUUUUCUUUUCUUUUCUUUUCAAUGAGAUCCGCAAUCCUCACCCUCUAUCAAAACCAUUACACAUGGUUCUUACACAUAUACGAGGCUGACUCUAUGACGAGGUGCAUUGAUGCAGGCACAAACAUGGCUUUCCAAGGGCAAUUCUUGUUGCAACGGGAGAUGAUUGGCGUUCACUCCAUGCUAGCUUCACGCGCGCUCCUAUGUUGAUCGAUCUCUUGAGAAUAUAAGGGGGUAUUUUGACUUCGUGAUUAUUUUCUCUGGUCCAUCAUUUUCUGCUUUGUUCUUCAUUUGUCAGGCACAAUAUCUAGCAAAUCGCUGCAUAUUUCCAUCUUUGAAGGCUGAGGUAGUUACAAUUAUUGUUGAAGCUCGUCAUGGCAUCAAACCUCAUCAACAGGUUCGGAGCCUUAAUACUCCUACUUAGCUCUGUCAUAGCUUCCCCGCUGUCCAAGGAUGGGAACUUGAAGGCUCGAGCAGAUACUUUUGCUAUCACAGGUGUUCAAGAUGGUGGCAUACAACCACGUCUUGAGAUUCGAUCACUUGCAGCUAAUCCAAUUCAAUGGAACUUGUUUUUGCUGGCUAUGGUAGAAUAUCAAGCAACGGAACAGAAUGACUUAUUGUCUUGGUACCAAAUUGCAGGUAUGUUCUGAUGUUAUUGACUGCUUCGAGGAUGCUCCAAUUUCAUUUUCUAAUGGACAUCAGGUAUUCACGGUUUUCCAUUGGUUGCCUGGGAUGGAGUUCAAGCUACAGCAUCAAGAAAUACCGGAUACUGUACUCAUGGAUCCAAUCUUUUUGGGCCUUGGCAUAGACCCUAUCUUGCAGUAUACGAGCAACAGCUUCAUGCCCUGGGGUUUAAAAUUGCUCAGCAGUUCACCGGUAGUGACUCAGAAGCCUAUUUACAGGCAUCUUCAACUCUCAGAGUACCAUAUUGGGAUUGGGCAGCCAAUCCUGCUAACAAUGGGCCAAUUCUUCCAGAGGUCUUGAGCAACCCAACUACUUCUGUCACGUAUCCUAACGGUAGUACGGCAACUAUUCCCAAUCCAUUAUAUUCUUAUAGUUUUCAUCCUUUGGUUCCAAGUGACUUUCGAGUGAGUACAAAUUUUCUGGAAUUAUCAUAUCUUGCUAACUUUAGACAGAAUGGCUACCCGUACUCCGCAUAUGAGACUACGCUGCGUUGGCCAACAACAGACACCGCAGCUGCUACAAGUCAAAAUGAUCAAGUAGAAUCACAAAUGGAAGCCAAUUUACGGAAUUUUAGAACUCAGAUCAUGACUUUGUUCGCAAAUUGGCAAGUAUGUAAUUCAACAAAAGCUUUGAUUUGGGAAAAUAUCAACCUAUUCAUCUUUAAAUGACGGUUACUGAUAUAUCUCUUUAGCCCUAUAAUCAUUUCAGCAAUAAAGGAUCUGGUAGUUCUGGUUUUGGCAACAUUGGUAAAUACAAACGGGCGUGAUACUCACAUGGAACGAUGAACUAAUUUGUCGGUAGAAUCUAUUCACGACACCGUGCAUACAUUAACAGGAGGCCUCAUGUAUCCUGGUCACAUGUUAGUAUUAUCCGCUUAUAAUACCGUCCCGUCCCGACUAUUAUCGUCUUCAUGACGUAAAUAAGACUUUCCUAUAAAUAUUAACAUGAAUAUCAACGCAGGUCCAUCGUUCCAGUAGCUGCAUUCGACCCAAUCUUCUGGUUCCACCACGCAAACGUCGAUAGACUUCUCGCCCUUUGGCAAGCUGUCUACCCAGAUACUUAUGUAGAAACAUCACGACAAGGGGCAGCCACAUGGACUAUUCCACGAGGUUCCUAUCAAGACCAAAACUCUCGUGAGUCUCUUUUCGCAAUUUCCCAGAGAGGUAUUCGCACACUAACACAAUAAAGCUUUAGCUCCAUUCCACCGAGACACAAACGGCAAAUUUUUCUCUUCAGCCGACGUUCGCGAUGUCGAAACUCUCGGGUAUUCCUACCCUGAAAUCAUCAAUCAUCCCGACAACGCCACUCUCCAACAAAACAUCCUCGCCUUGUACGCCGGCUCCCCAGCAUUCAAAAAGCGUCAAGCAGCCACUCCGUCACUUCCCCGCGACUGGAUCGUCAAGAUCGAGUUACCAUGGACCGCCCUCAACGGCACCUACAGCGUGGGUGUAUUCCUCGGAAAAACCAAAGCCUCUCCUCCAUUCUGGGCCAAAGAUCCCUCUUUCGUCGGCAUGCACGCUACGCUCGGAACGCAAAGCAUGACACCCAAUGAUGUAGUUGCAUCAAGUAACGUGCAUCUAACCGAUGCCCUGCUCCAGAAACAUGAUGAAGGCACUCUUGCGGAUUUAAAUGAAGAUACGAUUGUUGAUUAUCUCACGGCGAAUCUAGAAUGGAAGGCCCAGAAAGAAGGACAAGAAAUUGAUAUCAGUACGUUGCAAGGUGCGGCUGUGAGGGUGGAAUCGGUUGAGGUUGCGGCUCCGGCGGCUCUGGGUACUUUUGCGAAUUUUAAGUGGGUGGGUGAGUUUAAGACGUACCCGGGGAUUAUGGAUACUUCUAGAAAGUGAUGAAGUUAUUUGGGUAGAAUGAUUGUUAAGGAUUUUACUUUUCGAUGGAUAUCUUUUUCGGCUUUUGUAUUAUUUAAUUAUUUAACGACUGGUUGGUUUGCGUUGGAAGAUGAUAUUUAUCGGUUUGUCGUAUAUAUCAUGCAAAAUUAGGGGAAAAGUUUCAAUAUAUGUAAUGAGAUCGAAUGAAGUAAAUUUGAUACUAGAAAACCUAGAGCUCUCUUAUCAAAUACCAUUAACAAUGAAUAAAAUUUGACUAUGGCACA